UACUUCGGUCAGCUGACGCGCUGGAGACGUCGUAAAGAUGGUGAUCUUCAGUGUGUAUGUAGUCAACAAGGCUGGGGGAUUAAUUUACCAAUAUGACAACUACGUGCCGAGGUCGGAGGCGGAGAAGACGUUUAGUUACCCUUUAGACUUGGUGCUCAAGCAUCACGACGAGAAGGUGAUCGUGUCGUUCGGACAGAGGGACGGCAUCAGAGUGGGCCAUGCAGUGCUGUCCAUCAAUGGGAUUGAUGUGGUGGGAAAGAGCACAGCAGAUGGGAAGGACAUCCUGGAAUACUUGAAAGAUCCUGCAAACUAUCCAGUGUCGAUCCGAUUCGGACGAGCCCGGCUGAGCUCCAAUGAGAAACUGAUGCUCGCGUCUAUGUUCCACUCGUUGUUUGCUAUCGGAUCACAGCUAUCUCCUGAAGUCGGCAGCUCAGGGAUCGAGAUGCUUGAAACAGAUGUCUUCAAGUUGCACUGCUUCCAGACUCUUACAGGAAUUAAGUUCAUAGUGCUGGCAGACCCUCGACAAGCAGGCAUUGACGCUCUGCUGAGGAAAGUCUAUGAGAUCUAUGCAGAUUUUGCCCUCAAAAAUCCAUUCUACUCUCUAGAGAUGCCAAUCAGAUGUGAACUGUUUGAUCAGAACCUGAAGGGCGCACUAGAAGUUGCAGAGAAGGCAGGAAACUUUGGAGCCGGAUCUUAAGAGGAAAGCAAAACAUGAAUUGUUACUUUUGCUACUGGUGUAUAAAUGAUGGUUGUUUGCAUUUUGUGUGGAACAUGCAAAGACCAUGUUGUAAAUACUUCCAACGCCUUCUUUUGUAAAUAUAUGAAUAAACCCACAUGUAUUUCAA